ACUCCAGAAGGCAUCUCCCCGAGAGGAGAAAAGACCUAUAAAAUCGACCAGAAACCAGAUCGAGAAUCUUCAUCCCGAACCUCCUCCUUCGAUCUCUCAGCAAUCUCUCUCUCUCUCUUUCUCUCUCUCGAGCGGUCUCUCUCCUUCCUCCUUCAAGCCUCAAGAUGCAAAUUUUCGUGAAAACCCUUACUGGCAAGACCAUCACCCUCGAGGUCGAAAGCUCAGACACAAUCGACAAUGUGAAAGCCAAGAUCCAAGACAAGGAGGGAAUCCCCCCUGACCAGCAGAGGCUUAUCUUUGCUGGGAAGCAGCUUGAGGAUGGACGCACUUUGGCUGAUUAUAACAUUCAGAAGGAAUCCACCCUUCACUUGGUUCUCCGUCUCAGGGGUGGCAUGCAGAUAUUUGUGAAGACCCUCACUGGCAAGACGAUUACCCUAGAGGUUGAAAGUUCGGACACCAUCGAUAAUGUAAAGGCGAAAAUCCAGGACAAGGAAGGAAUUCCCCCAGAUCAGCAGAGGUUGAUUUUCGCGGGCAAGCAACUUGAGGAUGGCCGAACUCUGGCGGACUACAACAUCCAGAAGGAAUCAACACUCCACUUGGUGCUUCGUCUCAGAGGUGGCAUGCAAAUCUUUGUGAAGACCCUCACUGGCAAGACCAUAACCCUUGAGGUUGAAAGUUCGGACACUAUCGAUAACGUGAAGGCGAAAAUCCAGGACAAGGAGGGAAUCCCCCCAGACCAGCAGAGGUUGAUUUUCGCUGGCAAGCAACUUGAGGAUGGCAGGACGCUUGCAGACUACAACAUUCAAAAGGAAUCCACCCUUCACUUGGUGCUCCGUCUGAGGGGAGGAAUGCAAAUCUUUGUCAAGACCCUAACUGGGAAGACGAUCACUUUGGAAGUUGAGAGCUCCGACACCAUUGACAAUGUCAAAGCCAAAAUUCAGGACAAGGAAGGCAUUCCCCCAGAUCAGCAAAGGCUUAUCUUUGCUGGGAAACAACUUGAGGAUGGUAGGACUUUGGCGGAUUACAACAUCCAGAAGGAGUCCACUCUUCACUUGGUGCUGCGACUGAGGGGAGGCAUGCAGAUUUUUGUCAAGACCCUUACUGGGAAGACCAUAACUUUGGAAGUUGAGAGCUCGGAUACCAUUGAUAAUGUCAAAGCUAAGAUACAGGACAAAGAAGGCAUUCCCCCAGAUCAGCAGAGGUUGAUUUUCGCCGGGAAGCAACUUGAGGAUGGCCGGACACUGGCGGAUUACAACAUUCAGAAGGAGUCAACUCUACAUCUUGUGCUUCGCCUCCGCGGUGGAAUGCAGAUUUUUGUCAAGACUCUGACCGGUAAGACCAUCACUCUUGAGGUGGAAAGUUCAGACACCAUCGACAAUGUGAAGGCGAAGAUCCAGGAUAAGGAGGGCAUCCCUCCGGACCAGCAGAGGCUGAUUUUUGCCGGGAAGCAACUGGAAGAUGGGAGGACACUGGCCGAUUAUAACAUUCAGAAAGAGUCGACUCUGCACUUAGUCCUUCGUCUGCGCGGCGGCUUUUAAGUCUCUUGCGAAAGUUUUCAUCGAGUCAAGCUCUGUGUUUAUCUAAGUUUGGUCGGUUCUAAUGUUUGGCUUUAUGUUUGGGUAAUAAUGUCUGCUGAUGGAUGGAAUUGGUAUGGAUAAUAUGUCAACUUCUUUGGUUUGGUCAUCAGUUUGAUGGACAUGAAUUGAUCUAGUAUUCUCUUAUUUGAGGGUUGUGGCUUUUGAGCGUUGUUUCACUAGUUGAACUCGUAUAUUCCAGUUGUUAGUUU